AUGUUUGAGCGAGGUGCGUUGUGUCGCCGUGUUACGCUUUGGGACACAGCCAGUACAGGCCAGUCAGCUAUUCGCGAUUAUCUUAUACCACGUAAGUGGUUUAAAUCCCUGCUGCUAUUCGCUGUGAUCGUGGCGAGCCAAGUCAAGACGGUAGAAUUACAGCCAAUACAUGUGAUCGACGAAGAUGAAGGUGGCGAAAUACAAAAAGAAAUGAUGGAAUAUGCCCCACAAUUUGUACACCCAGAAUAUGCCUUUAGCUAUGGCGUCAAAGAUCUGCAUACCGGCGAUGUUAAAUCUCAAUGGGAAUCGCGUGAGGGUGACGGUGUCAAGGGUCAUUAUAGUGUGCUGGAGCCAGACGGCUCCAUACGAACUGUUACCUACACAGCCGAUGCUAAAUCCGGUUUCAAUGCCAUUGUCAAGACAGUGGGGGCGAAUUCACAUCCCGUCACCGAUACACCACAUGCCAAGGAUGGCAAGAGUGACGACACCUCACAAUCGAAAAUCAACCACUAUAGUAAAGAUCAGGAACACAUAGUGUUGAGUUCGGAUAUUAAGCCACUGAAGAAGCCCAUAGAGGAUCUUACGCAUUCGCAUCCAAAAAUACCCAGUUUGAUAGAAUUCAAACCUCACGCCCGAAUACGUCAAGUGCCCAUGGAACUGGAACCGGGCAUGAGAGAACGGUUACAGGAGGCCCGUGAUAAUUAUUACAAGGACAUUUCAAAGAAUUCUCAAACCAGCUUCCAACCUUCGGGGUCCAUUUCAUCUAGUUAUGAUUCCCAUCACGACAAUGAUUGGAAGGCUGUGGUGGGUCUGAGUCAAGGCUAUCAAAAUGUGGAGGAUUUUCUACAUCCAGUGCCGGCAGGAAAUCACUACGACAAUGAGCCGCUACAACCAAUUGCUAAGCCCUCAUAUAAACCGCAACGCCAUACCGAUUUCAUUGCCUCAAAGCCACAUUAUCCUCAGCAACAGCUACAACAAUUACAGCAUCAGGUUCAACAACAUUAUUCACAACAACCCCAACAACAGCAGCAGCAGCAACAACAUCACUAUCCUCAACGCUAUCAAAUAACCGCCCCAUCAUACCCUGAUCCCCAGAGUAAUGCCAUACCAUUUAAUAGCAAGAAAAUCGGUGUAAAAACCACCCUGGGCCUGAAACACUACGCCUCGUUGCCACACAAAUACCUGCAUCAGAAACCGCGUCAUGAUUAUUCAGCGUAUUUUCAACGUGGUGGUGGCAAAAAGCCUCGUAAGCUCGACAUCCAUAAACCCUCAGACUUGGAUCUCCUGGAAAUCGAUGAAGAGGAGGCCGACGAAGAACUCGAACAGAAUGCCGCCUCUGCCAGUCUGGUACAGUCGAUGGUGAAGCGGGACAAAAAACACAUGGUGCCAAUGUAUGCGGGCCAUUAUGGGCCCUGGAAUUCGCCGUCACAGCAAAAGGUGCAAAAUUUCCGUCCUUAUCGUCGACUUUGAGCACGA